AUGAGCAUGGACACCCGUAUGGUGAAUUUUGGUUUUACGCGUGCUGCUCUCCUGUGCGGUAUUUUAUUAUUGCUAACUGCCGUGUGUUCGCUGCAUGUGACUGCUGCUGCUGAUGGUGAUGAUGGACGCGUGAUUGUUAAUGUUAAAUCCUAUUUUUCGAUGGUGUACCGUGCUUUUUUCCGCAAUAAAACUUACUUCGUUAGUUAUGAAAACGCUGAAGCAUAUUGUGUUGAAAACGGUGCUGUGCUUCCUGCCGAUCAAACGGAGGCGGCGCACCAAAGUUUGCAGGAUGCAAUGAAGCGUGUAUACUCCAUUUUUGUUGCUUUCAGCUACCUUGGUGGAGAUGCUGUGUACAGUAGUAGCGGAGUAAUUGAGUUUAAUAAACGAUGUAAUGCUGGAGACAUUGCAUCUUCCCGCUAUUGUGUGUAUCGUUGGAAUAAGGGAUUGUUUGCAAAGGUUUUGCCUGAUGGUCACGGGGUGGCGUUCUGGCAUGGUUCAUAUGUCAAAUACGACGGUGCGGCCUCAAUGAAUGGUUACCCAUCUUUUUGGGGUAGUGAAUAUCCCAAGCGUGGUCAGUUGUAUACCCUUUCAUGGUACCAUGAACACGAAGAUGUGACUACCUGGUAUGAUGCUGAAAGUGUAGCUGGACAGCUGGUGGCAGCAAGCAACAAUCCCGAGACCACAAACAAGAACUACGUUAUCUUAUGUGAAGUCCAUGAUUCUAUCAGCACGACGACAACCACAACAACUACCACUACAACUACAGCUGCACCUGCCUCAGGCGAAGUGCCGGAACCAACUGUGACAAAGGAUGAAGAAGUUACUGUGACAACUGUGUCAUUGGAAGAGAGAAGUAAUUGGCACAUUAUUCUCAUAGCUCUAAUUUCUGUUGUUUCCCUCAUUGUGUUGCUACUUUUCCUUUUACGUUGGUUUUGUGAUUAUGAUGUUAAAAAGGAGAUCAUUCCCAUGACGCUGCGUGAAGUUGUUGGAGAGCCGUUGUUUGUCCUGGAGCCAACACCUUUUGUUCCCCCAGAGGGUUUUGAUGCUCCUCCCUUAGCCCUGCAAUAUUAUAACCAAAUGAGAACCAGUGAAUAA